AUGUCAGUUCUCCAAGUAUCAAGCCUCAAGGCUUCUGAAACUGAAACUGGAGAUGAAUCAUCACAGACUGGAUUAGAUAGCGGGGCAGGGGGUGGGGGAGUGGAGCACGAAUUCGUAGAGAGCUUAGGCCGUGUGCAAACACGAUCAGAUUUCAUCGAAUUAGUAUGUGAUCUUGGUCACCUGAAGAUCGUAUGCGCACGCACCAUCAGAAAUCGCGUGAUAAGGAGUCUUGAGGAGCCAGAAAGCUCCUAG